GCGCCGCGUCCCGGGCCUGAUGUAGAGAGAGCUGCCGGUGAUCAGUACUGAGCUGCCGGUGCACAGCCCAGCAUAACGCGUGCAGCCUGAUCGUGUCUGCUAAACCCUGUGCGAUUUCUAGAAGCUUCUCUGUUAUUGUACAGCUUGCACCAUUUAGUUCUAUAGUAGAAAACUUCCAGCACUGACGGUUACAAUGAGGGAAAAGCUGCCACUGUUGGCCUUGUUCUGCCUUGCAUUAGCACUCCUUCCUGCUCCGACAGCUUCGGUCUCUGUGAUGUCGGUAGACCUGGGAAGUGAAUGGUUGAAAGUAGCCAUAGUGAAACCUGGCGUGCCCAUGGAAAUUGUUCUAAACAAGGAAUCCAGAAGGAAAACUCCAGUAGCUGUGUGCUUAAAAGAAAAUGAAAGACUUUUUUCUGACAGUGCGAUGGGAGUGUCUGUGAAGAAUCCUAAACUGGUGUACAGGUAUCUGCAAAACCUGUUGGGGAAGACCGCUGAUAACCCACAAGUUCUGGAGUAUCAGAAACGAUUUCCUGAACACCAGAUACAGAAAGAUGAAAAGAGAGGAACUGUGUAUUUUAAAUACUCAGAUGAGAUGCAGUAUACUACAGAGGAGCUCAUGGGCAUGGUUCUAAACUACUCUCGCACUCUGGCUCAAGACUUCGCAGAACAGCCCAUUAAAGACACGGUCAUCACUGUUCCAGCCUUUUUUAACCAGGCAGAACGUAGGGCGGUCUUACAGGCUGCUCAGAUGGCAGGUUUGAAAGUCCUUCAGCUCAUUAAUGAUAAUACAGCUGUGGCCUUGAAUUAUGGAGUCUUUAGAAGGAAAGACAUCAACUCAACUGCUCAGAAUGUAAUGUUUUAUGACAUGGGAUCAGGAAGUACAACAGCCACUAUCGUAACAUACCAGACUGUGAAGACCAAAGAGUUUGGCACACAGCCACAGCUGCAGAUCCGUGGAGUCGGCUUUGACAGAACACUUGGGGGCUUUGAGUUGGAGCUGAGACUGCGAGACCACUUGGCUAAACUCUUUAAUGACCAGAAGAAAUCGAAGAAGGAUGUAAGGGAAAACUUUCGUGCCAUGGCCAAGCUGCUGAAAGAGGCACAGAGACUUAAGAUGGUACUGAGUGCCAAUGCUGAGCAUGCAGCUCAGAUUGAAGGCCUGAUGGAUGAUAUCGACUUUAAAGCAAAAGUGACCCGUGCUGAGUUUGAGGCUCUGUGUGCUGAUCUGUUCGACAGAGUUCCUGGCCCAGUUCAGCAGGCACUUGCUGCUUCUGAGAUGUCUAUGGAUGAGAUUGAGCAGGUCAUUUUGGUUGGAGGAUCCACUCGAGUACCCAAGGUGCAGGAAGUUCUCUCUAAAGCAGUGGGAAGAGACGACCUGGGAAAGAAUAUCAAUGCUGAUGAGGCAGCAGCUAUGGGUGCCGUGUACCAGGCUGCAGCUCUUAGCAAAGCAUUUAAGGUGAAACCAUUCCUGGUUCGAGAUGCAGCCGUCUUUCCAAUACAGGUGGAGUUUAGCCGUGACACUGAAGAUGAGGGCGGCGAGAAGGUAAUCAAGCACAACAAGCGUCUUCUGUUCCAGAGGAUGGCACCAUAUCCCCAGCGCAAAGUCAUCACUUUUAACCGUUACACUGAUGACUUCUCUUUCUACAUUAACUAUGGGGACCUCAGCUUUCUCAGCCAGGAUGACCUCAAGAUGUUUGGUUCUCAGAACCUGACCACCGUAAAGCUAUCUGGUGUCGGCGACAGCUUCAAGAAGCACUCAGACGCUGAAUCCAAAGGCAUCAAAGCCCAUUUCAAUAUGGACGAGAGUGGUAUUCUCCUUCUCGACAGGGUGGAGUCUGUGUUUGAGACUAUUGUAGAAGAGAAAGAGGAGGAAUCGACCCUCACGAAACUAGGAAACACAAUUUCCAGCCUGUUUGGAGGUGGAAGCUCGGAGCCUAGUGAAAAUGUGACCGAACCAGUGCAGGAUGAAGAAGAGGUGCCACCUGAAGCUAGUAAGGACCAGGAGGAACAGGGGAAGGCAGAGGGGACUUCACAGGAACAAUCUGAGACUGAAGACAAAAGCAAGGACGAGCCUGAGACGGAGCAGAAAACGGCAGAUGAUGACUCCAACAAAGAUGAGCCUCAGGUCGAGAAAGAUGCUGAGAAGUUAAAAGAGUCUGCUGAGGGGAAAACAAAUGAAACCAAAGAAGAAGAGAAGGAGGCAGAGCAGAAAGCCAAACCCCAGAAAAAGAGCAAAAUCUCAGUAGAUAUUGAAUUGGAAUUGGAGGUGAAUGAUGUUCUCCAUCCCACCUCAGAAGAUAUUGAGGCCUCUAAAAAGAAGCUGGAGGAUCUGACAAACCGCGAUCUGGAGAAACAGGAGAGGGAGAAGUCUCUCAACACUCUGGAGGCAUUCAUCUUUGAGACUCAGGAUAAGCUGUACCAGGAGGAGUACCUGGUCGUAGUCACUGAAGAAGAGAAGGAGGAGAUCUCUGGCAAGCUGAGCGAAGCCUCUGCCUGGAUGGAUGAGGAAGGUUAUUCGGCAGGAACCAGAGAGCUAAAAGAGAAGCUGGCUGAGCUCAAGAAGCUGUGUAAGGGAAUGUUUUUUCGCAUGGAGGAGAGGAAAAAGUGUCCAGAGAGGCUAGCAACACUUGACAGCAUGCUCAACCACUCUACCAUCUUUCUCAAGAGUGCUAAACUGAUGGUCGGAGAUGAUCAGGUUUUUACUGAAGUUGAACUGAAGACCCUGGAAAAAGUCAUUAAUGAGACAACGACCUGGAAGAAUGAGACUGUGGCUGAACAGGGGAAACGCUCCCCCACAGAGAAACCCGCCCUUCUGUCUAAAGACAUUGACUCCAAACUCGCCCUCCUAGACCGAGAAGUCAACUACCUGCUUAACAAAGCCAAGUUUUUCAAGCCCAAGUUCAAACCUAAAGACAAAAACUCCACCAGCUCUGAGAGCACCAAGGCCAACAGCACCGACUCUGAGAAAGACGUUCCUCCAAAAGAUGGAGCUGAAGAAGUAAAACCAGCUGUAGAACCUCCCACUGAGACUGAUACAAAAGCAGAAACUGAGACUGAAGCAGAGACUGAGGCAGUAGUACAAGAACUAGAAGGUCCAGAGACAUCUGAGGACAGUGAUUCACAAAAUCAUAUAGAGGAUGAAUUAUAACAACUGGAAAAUCUUAUUUUCACGUUGUAUUUAUUGACUGUGAUAAAGUUCUAUUCUCCCCACAAUACAAUACACACUUCAACAACCCAAGAUUGACAACAUUUUUCAUUUUUGCUAUGCAUUUGUCAACUGUUUUACACUCAUCUGACUGAAGACUUCAGGCAAGUCAAAAAAAACCUUGUAAUUGCAGUUCUAGUGCAAGUCUAGAUUAAUCCUGUUUAGCUGUAAAAUGUGCACAUUAGUUUGUUAGUUCCUCAUUUAUAUGUACUCGCAUUGUUUGGCUUGUACAACCACAAUUAUCUCACUCCAUAGGACGUUCUUAUUUUCACUACAUUUUUUUUAACCUUUUCUGUGUGAUUUGCAUCGAACCACUUUUUCAAAUUUGUGUGAGGGUUUUAUCUUCAAUGUGGCACUUAUUCAACUGUCCGAUUAAAUUAAAAGUUAUUAAAUA